AUGUGCAUCUUCGCCGAGCAAAGUGUGAACAGCGGUGGUAAUGUGUGCUGGUGCUUUGAAGAGAUCACCCUAAUGAUCCUGGUCCAGCGUAUCCUCAUGUACCUAUGGUACCGGCUGCUACAGAGAAUGUUUCCUCACCUGCGUCUGUUGUCGAACGGACACAAGUGCUCACGUCGACAUAGUUUGCCCUGCGGACAACUGGCCGACGAGUACUGGAAGGCUUCUCAGUUUUCACGCACCCAGCGGCUUUGUUGUGAUAGCGGGCUUCAGCAACCAUUUCCGGCGGCCGCUUUCUGCACUCGCAUGAAAACGGAACCAAUUUGUCCGCUCGAACAAAUUGAACAAGAAAUCGAAGAGAACGAAGAGGAACAGUUCAACUUCAACUGCAGUGACAUUAGUCACAUUUAUCAGAGCACCUUCUUCGAUGAGUACGACGAGUGUUUCCUUGCGGAGGAUAUCGCCUGGGACGCGGUCAUUCCGGGAGAAACCAACUGGGACGUCAUGGCUGUGCCAGAUGUGAAACACAAACCGCUGGUGCUCGAUGAGCACGCCUCGCUUCUGCUCAACGACUUUUACAUCGACGACGAUCUGGACGAUCACCUGAAAGUGGCCUACCAGACGGCGCACGAGAGCAAUUUGUUCUGUGAUUCGUGGCUCGACUGA